AUGUACCCCAAACCCAACAUCUCAGUGAGCCCCAGUACCAUUGUUGGCCUGGGGGCAGAUGUGACCAUCCAGUGUCAGGGUGGGUACCAGAACAUGAUGUUCCUUCUGCACAGAGUUGGAAACUCAUCCUCGGUACAAGAUGCAGAGCCUUCUGGGAAAGUGGCUGAGUUUCAUAUCAAUAAGGUGACACGAAGAGACAGAGGAAACUACAGCUGCCAGUAUCGCAAUAGAUCAGCACCAUUCAUCCCAUCGCAUCCCAGUGACCCUGUGCAACUGGUGGUGAGAGAACCAACAGCAGCACCAGUUUUGACCACAAUUGUUGUCAUCACGGUGGUGUGCCUGGUUGUCCUCCUUCUACUUGUUGCCUUCACCUGCUACAGAAAAGCCCAAGGAAGGAAAAAUCAGGCACUAACAUGGAGAAGUGAGUUGAUGCCUCCUGCCACACAGGACCACAUCUACUCCUUGGGCAGUGACAGGAACUGGAUGGAUUCCCCAAAGCCUGAGAGUCCCAGCGCCAAUGGAAUCAUAUACAACAAAAUGAACAGCAAAGUGUUCAAUGCCCAGCGGAGGAUCCCACCUUCCAGCCAGUCUGUCAUAUACACUGCAGUCAGGGUAAUACAGGAGGCUCACAGGGAGAGCUCCUCUGCACAAUAACCCACAAGUACCCCUGCACAGUAACCCCAGAAUGCCUCUGUUCUCUCAAAGUGCGAGCUUGUCCAGGACUAUAAUAAAGGGGUCACCAUGGGUUUAUGUGGGUUACUGUCCUUCCUGCUCCAUCUGUGGAAGGAGCUCCCCACUCAUGUGUGACCCAGGUGAAUAAAGCAGCAUGCUCUCUCCUGCCAGCCUGACUGGAGACUGUUAUUUUUACUGAGCAGUGUGGCCCCUUCACAAAGGCAGUGGCAAGGAUGAGGUGAGACAUGUUGGAGCUCCCCUGUGUCAACCAGCCCCACCUGGAAGGAUCAGGGAUGGUCACAGAUGGACAGGAAAGAGGACAAAUGGGAGUCCAACGGCAGAGCUGGCUCCAUUUCUUCUGAUGUGUGGAGCCAGCAACAUGUGGGAGACUGCCCUGGCAUCAGGCAGGAGGGGAGAGUAAAGCUUUUUGGGCCAAAGCCAUCCUUUCCAGGCUGGGAUGGAUAAGUAAGCUGCUCACACACAAAGCCAGGACUUUCCUGGCACAGCCAGAGAGCUGAGUCCAAAGGAUGUGGGCUGUGCCAGGUAUCUCUAUAUUUCCAGGUCCCAGUCGCUAUUGAACUGGGCCCUUUUGAGGGUCUGUUUACACCACGGCAGCAGAGAGCUUGGUUUUACCACAGAGGCAAUAUACCCUAACUGCUUGCUUCUGCUUUGCCCACAUCCACCCUGAAAAUGAGACAGUGUGGACAUCCUGGGACCUUCCCAUGCAGCUUCCCUUGAGCAUACUGAAAGCCCAGGGUUAAGGCUGGCACUGUGAUUUGUGUUUUGUAAUAUUUCUACAACAAAGAUGCAUGCUUCAAUUUCCCUGACUUCAAUGGUAUGUUGUUAUAGAAUGGGGAAGAAUGGGUUAACGUUUGAUGGACUACUGGGAAUGAAGGUGGGUCUCUGCACAUAACUGUUACAGCUGCUCAGAGUGGACUGGUAUGCUGCAUGAAGACACAUGGGAGUCCCACUGAAUUCAGGCCCCAGCACCUGGAGGUACCCUGCCACCUGUGGCACCUGAGAGAGACCCUGGAGAAGCUCCAGGAAGAGAAUAGCUUGAAAAACAGACUUGCAGAUACCCAAGGGAGGACACAGACCAGGUCUCUAGCAAAGGCAGCCUGACCUCUGACUGAUUUGAAAUCUGCUUUAAGAUUUGACCUAGAGCUUCUGACGUAAGGACUCUGUCUCCUUAGUUGCAAUAAAUGUUAUCUUUGUUAGGAAGGGCUGCCUGUCUCACUGCACGUGACUUUUAAGAGUCUUCUUUCCCCUUAAAAAGGUAAAAUCCUUCCCCAGAUGUUGAGUCAGCUCAUAAAGUGGGAGAGAAGAGGGCUCUGGAGUUAGUCCAACAGGUGCAGGGACUUGAAGGCCACAAUUCCCUUGUAGAGUUACAUAAAAGCCCAGAGCCUCGAGCAGAAACCACCUGGAGAAGCUGAACCCAGGAGAAGACAUAGUUUUUAUAGGAAUGUCCCA